AUGUACAUUCCUCAGAAAAGGGCCGAUACUAAGAGGAAGAAUAUAAUAUUUGUUAUUUCUGCGGUGUCCAUCAUCUUCGCAGUAACCGUCUUGGUGGGCAGUUUCUUCCUCGCUCGAUUCCUUCGACAGCGCUACGAAGAACCCAAAUAUCUACCCGGCAACUUCCUCAAGACAAAGUGGAAGAAAUGGCGUCCCGGAACUGCUGCCUACGGGCAAGUCCCCAGUCGACGAAACCCAAUCGACACCUCGUAUCGCGGAGCGGCCCCAGAAAUGCAAACAAGUGAGGCUCCUCGUCGGGAGACUUCUAUACGUUCAAUCAUGACCCUCCCGCCCUAUUCGUCGAGUCCGAAACCGACCGAACAAAUUAUCGCCCGAGAGGGGGAGCGAGGCGGAAUGGACAUGGUUGUCGAAUACCCCGAGACCGCCGAAGAGCAAGAAAUCCGACGGGAGGACCACAUGGACUCGUUAUACCAGCUUCGCCUGCAGCGUCGACAAGAGCUGGCCGACCGUGAGGCCCGCCGGCGGGAACGCCGGGAAGCCCGAGACCGCGGCGACUAUGCCCGCCUCGAACAAUUAAACGCCGAGACUCGCGAUCGGGCGCAACGUCGCCGCGCUGGAACUAACAGUACAGCCGACCUAGCGACAGCAUUGACCGAACACCAAGCCCGAGAGCGAGACAGGCGAAUUUCGAGUGUUAGCUAUGCUGAACUCGGGCGCGUCCGCCAUGACGGCUCACGACUGCGUGCCGACUCGCAAAAUUCUGAGAACCAGGACUCUGAUAGCCGACCGCUCCUGGCUCAUGACUCUAGCUCAACUGCGCCGUCAUUCGAUCCCUCCAGUUUCAACUCCCGAGUUCAAUCUGUUGCUUCAUCAAUCAGUGAAUCCACCGCCACGGAGCUGGAUCCAUUAGCGCCGAGUUCGACCCGUGGCUCGAGCCGACCAGUUUCACAGAAUGACGAGGAGGAUUUGGGGACUCUCAACAUCCCACCACCUCCAGAAUAUGACCACCUGGACUGGGGCGAUGCGCCCGCAUAUCAGAGUCCAACUACCGAGCGUUCCGGCCAGCAGCUGCCGGCAAUCAAUCGCUUGCCUUCGAUCCAUGUCAAUUUACCGAGUCCAAUGGCUGUUUCUCCCAUCACGCCGACUCAGAAUCAGUUCCCGAGCAUCGAUGAGAAUCAAUCGACUGCACCAGGAAUCCGGGUAGUGUCUGGUAGCUCAACAUCUACCAUCACUCCCAACACUACUACUUAA